AUGCUCUGGUCCUCACACACUGUGGGGCUUGUAACUCACCUCCUUGCACUGGUACUUCACCUGCUUGUUGCGGCGGAGUCUGUACAGACUUGGCAACCAGCACUGAUAACUGUGGACACUGCGGCACAGUGUGCCUUCCGGCGCCUGGCGGCGAAGGCUGUGUCAAUGGAGUCUGCGUCAGCUGCCCGGCAGCUACACCCUUCUGCGCUCCAGCAGGAAUUUGCUGCCCAGCUGGAACAUCGUGCAUUACGGGUGGGCCACUUCUUGGUUGUUGCCUGGCCGCUAACACUUGCCCCCCCUGCCUCUAAUCCAUCGGGGGCGGAUAUUUGUUGUCCGACGGCAUGUGGUACUGCUAAUGUUUGUGCGGGCUUCUGA